CUCGGGGGUGGUGGGGCAGGGCAGAGACCUCGCGAGCGCCGAAUCACUGUGCGUGCGGGACCGAGCUGUGCUGGGGAGCGAGAGGACUCUCCAGCCCGCCUUGCUCUCGGUGCUACACCCUCACCCUUGUCCCUUCCCCCAAACCAUCCGCGGGCUUUUAUUUUCUUUUUCCUUUUUUUUUUUUUUUUCCUCCCCUCCUCUCCUCUCCACCCUCCUGCAGCGAGUUAAAAAUUUCUUUUGUUAAUUGACGCCCUAAGUGUUCCCAAUCCCUUCCCCGCGCAGCCCGGGCCGGCCGAGGACGUGUGCACGCCCAGAUCCGCUCGGUGAAGCAGCACAGAUCCGCGGGGCUGAGCGGGAUUUAAAUGUCACUCAAAGCAUCCCCAAAUCAGCUUGCCGCUCGUCUCCGGUUUCUUCCGUGGCAUUAAUUGGAUCACACGCUGCAUUUGAGGAGCUUGGGUGUUCUACCCACGAAGGAAAUUUGCUCCAUCUCCAGCAGCAACCACUGCUCCUUUUGAUGUUGUGGUACGCCGUGCGCAUGCGCUUCACAUUAGAAUUACUGCACUGGCCAGAAUAAGUUGGAUCUCUUCUCUUCACUGAAACCCUAAAUCAUAUCAAAAGCUAAAGGGAUGCUGAGAGUCCGGAAAAAGGGUUACUUUGGGAUUUGGUCAUUCCCCUUAAUAAUAGCCGUGGUGUGUGCACAGAGUGUCAAUGAUCCUAGUAAUAUGUCACUGGUAAAAGAGACCGUGGAUAGGCUGCUGAAGGGCUAUGACAUUCGCUUGAGGCCAGAUUUUGGAGGUCCCCCAGUGGCUGUUGGCAUGAACAUAGACAUUGCCAGUAUAGAUAUGGUCUCAGAAGUCAAUAUGGACUAUACCUUGACAAUGUACUUUCAACAAGCGUGGAGGGAUAAGAGGCUGUCGUAUAAUGUAAUACCUCUAAAUCUUACUCUGGACAACAGAGUAGCUGAUCAGCUGUGGGUUCCUGAUACCUAUUUUCUGAAUGACAAGAAGUCAUUUGUACAUGGGGUCACUGUGAAGAACAGAAUGAUCCGUUUGCAUCCAGAUGGGACAGUCCUGUAUGGACUCAGAAUUACAACAACAGCUGCUUGUAUGAUGGACCUACGGAGAUAUCCGCUGGAUGAGCAGAACUGCACGCUGGAGAUUGAGAGCUAUGGCUAUACCACAGAUGACAUUGAAUUUUACUGGCGUGGGGGUGAUAAUGCAGUUACAGGAGUGACAAAGAUUGAACUUCCACAGUUCUCCAUUGUAGACUACAAGCUUAUCACCAAGAAUGUUGUUUUCUCUACAGGUGCCUACCCAAGGCUGUCUCUCAGCUUUAAACUUAAGAGAAACAUUGGUUACUUCAUUCUGCAGACCUACAUGCCUUCUAUUCUGAUCACUAUCCUGUCCUGGGUUUCCUUCUGGAUUAAUUAUGAUGCUUCAGCUGCAAGAGUUGCUUUAGGGAUCACAACUGUGCUCACAAUGACAACAAUUAACACCCAUCUUCGAGAGACUCUUCCCAAAAUUCCAUAUGUGAAAGCCAUUGAUAUGUACCUUAUGGGAUGUUUUGUCUUCGUUUUCAUGGCUCUGCUGGAGUACGCAUUGGUCAACUACAUCUUCUUUGGAAGGGGACCUCAACGUCAAAAGAAAGCAGCAGAAAAAGCUGCCAGUGCCAACAAUGAGAAGUUGCGAAUGGAUGUCAAUAAGGACAGAAGAAUAAUUGGCACAUAUCAUUGUCCAGAAAUGUAUUCAACAAAGAUGGAUCCACAUGAAAAUAUUUUGUUGAGCACACUUGAAAUUAAAAAUGAGAUGGCUGCCUCCGAGGCUGUGAUGGGGCUUGGGGACCCUAGAAGCACUAUGCUGGCCUAUGACACUUCAAGCAUCCAGUACCGGAAAGCUGGCUUACCCAGACACAGCUUCGGUCGCAACGCCCUGGAGCGACACGUGGCACAGAAGAAAAGUAGGCUACGGAGACGUGCAUCUCAACUGAAAAUUACCAUUCCUGACUUGACUGAUGUAAAUGCCAUAGAUCGAUGGUCACGCAUAUUCUUCCCUGUUGUUUUUUCCUUCUUCAAUAUUGUCUAUUGGCUUUACUAUGUGAACUAAGAAACAAAGCCACACAGGAAGCAAGAACUGGAUUUCUCUUCAAAUCGGUUGUACAGCCAAAAGUGGAACUUAGAAAAAAACCUAUUCAGGACAAAAAGUUGUUUUAAAACACCUUAGUUGCUGGCCCACUCUAUGGUCUGUUUUUAUAAUGUUUUCAUUGUAUCUGCUAAAUCGUAAAUAUGUUAAGUUGCAGUAUGGACAUUUUCCCUUUUCAAAAUAUAAGUGCAUUUUGAGUGUGAAGGCAAAUUGAAUUUUGACAAUCACUUCUGUCUCAUGGUCCCUCACUAUUUUUUUUUUCUAUUUUUUUUUUUAAUGGCCAUUUGAGUUUAGUGAUACAAAUUAUAGAGUGGCAUUUGAGAAACAAGUUCUAGGUUCAACAGCAGUACAUACCAUUCCCAGGGAAAGUGCAUAUCAAGACAUGCAUCUACACUUAAGAGAGUGUAUAAGUUUGUUAUCAUGCUUAUGAAGCAUAUACACUUUACCUUUUAAAUGUGUAAACUUGAAAACAAGUAGUGCCUAUCAUCUUUCCAAGAUGAUAAUGGUCAGAGGUUUCCCAACCAUAUUCAGGUAUUUCCUGUUAUUGGAAGAACUAAACCUUUGACCUAUAAUAUUAAGGUUGGGUGUUUGCACAGAAGCUGAAGCAAAAAGCACUAGUUUUGUUUGGAUUUUAGAAGAGAGAACAUAUGCUCAUAAUCACAAUGACUGUAGCUGUGAUCAGUAGAGGAAUGUAGCAAUGGUAUAAGAAUGCAUUGACUCUGAGUGGGUACAUACGCUGCUGGUUUUUUGUUGGGGAAAGGAAAUAAUCUGUCCAAAGUGCCAAAAUCGGUUGGCCAAAUAAUCAUUCUGUAGGUGUCUGAAGGGAACCACUGGUGCCCUGCCUUUCUGGGGCAGGGGGAGCUAGAGAGCAAUUAGAAAAUAUGGGGGCAAAGAGAGGAAAAGCUACAUAUGUGUAAAAGUAUAUAUAUAUACACACUGUGCAAAAUGAAUGUUGUCAGUUAUAGUACAUACCCUAGUCUGCAAUGCUCUUGUGGAGUCGUGUGAUUUCUUCCAAGUUUGCAAUCUUUCCAGUGUUAUGCUUGCCCCUGUUAUGGUUAACACCUUGCAUCCAGUUUGAUUGAAGGUAUCAUAACUCCUCCAGCAGUAAUGAUCCAAGCGUAUGUACUUCAGGACAAAAAAACACUGACAGGGUACUUUCUCAGUCUGGAUUAGGCAAUACCUUUAAACUUCUUAUUUUGUUUUCCUUGAUGCAGUGUUUUAAAGGGAAAAAAUUGGUAGCCAUAGCUUUAAGAGUUCAAUUACACUCCUGAUUGUUUCCCGCUUUAGGAUGAUUUCCAUUGGAAAAACUAGCAAAUUUCAGUUUUGCUUUAGGAAACUUUUUGAAACAGAAGGUUUUGUGUUGGGUUGCUGUUGGUUUUUCUUUUGUUUUCUUUUUUGUUUUGUUUUUUGUUUUGUUUUUUAUUCCAUAGAACUUUACUCUUAUAGGAAAAAUAGAAUAGACAAAAAUAGAACUUUAUAGGCAAUUGCUAUUUAGUCCAUUGUGGAACAUUUUUCUGUAAUUAAUUUUUUUGCAAGAACUGUAGAAAAAGUAAAAAUUCCUGAUAGAUUUUACUGGAUCAGAUCCCCAGUAUUGUUUCACACAAAAUAUUUCAUGAAGCAAAAGCCACAUCUGUUGUAUCUAUGCUACCUCUCAUUGUGUACAAAUUUCUGAAAGAAACUAGAAGUAUCUUCCAAAUAGCAAAGGAUUUUUUUUCAGGUAGAUGCUUUUUCUCCAUUUGAGGAUUCCUUUGGCAAAAUACUUUAGGAUAGUGCUUAAGACUAUUUUUCAUAAAGUAUUUUCUUGGAAUUUUUUGUUCUUGCUUUAAAAGAAUGGUUUCCUUAAAAGUUUCUGUGGGAUUUUUUUCCCCAUUUGACAAUGAACGACAGUGAUAGGAGGAAAACAGUUCUGGGAACUAAUAGGCCAAUUUUCUGACUUUAUUUUGAGCAUAUCAUAUGCUUAUUUCUGCUUCAAAAGGGAAAGAAUAGUUUUGAGCCUGAAAUGGGAUUUGCCAGACAUACACACAACCUGUUGUUCUCAAGAGAGUUCUGUGUACGUUCACGUAGUGCCUCCAGGUUCAGACACUGCAAUAUAUAGAGACAGACUUUCAUCAUGCGAUUAGCUUUUCAAGUCAAAAUGUACUUUUUGCUCACAUACUUAAUUUCUGACUGCAUUUCAUGCAUAAUGCAAUAAGCUUUGUAGACGCAUUUGUAAUAUGAAACGUUGGAUUUUUCCCCAUUUCUAAGACAUCAAAAUUCAGUAUUUCUCUUCAAAGUCUGUUCUUUAAAAAUGGUAUUAAUUAUCAUAAAUAAAAGCAGUCUUAUUGUUUUCUUCUAUAAAAGCUUUUCUUUCGUUCCACAAAUUGCUGCCAACUCCUUUCUUAUUUCACAGAAGCACAGUGUGAAUACAGGGAGCUCACAGCCUGUUGUUUGUGAUUGAUAUACAUCAAAUAUAAAAUCUUACAGAGAAUAUGUUGACUCUCUGCAUCGCUUUACUGCAUCAGCUAUUAUGAAAACCACAGAGACUGAAUCCUGGAACUUAUUUGAAGUUACAGUACAAGCCAUAAUGCUCUCUGAUGUCGCUAUUCAGAGAGUGAAAGAAAAUGUCUUGUUUCUGCUCAGGUGUCUCUAGGAAAGAUAAAUUAUCUGGGUGGAAGGAGCACUUUUGCUUUUACUACGUCCUACUGGCUGUUAAUGUGAUGUACAAAACUGGUGAAAGAGAAGGUUUCUAUCAUUUUGUACCAAGGCUUAACACUGUGAUAUAAAAAGAUGGGGGCAAGAAAGACUGGUGAGGCACUGUCAAGGGAAGAGUAUAACUUGAGCACUUACUCCUCUUCUGAGAUACUUGAGUGAAAGUGAGAAAUGAUGCCAACAUCAGGAGAUACGGGGUUUGCUACCCUCUAGGUAAACUAGAAUAAAUUUACUUUUGAAUUGACUGAAAAUUAAUAUUCUAGAUCUUUUUAAUCUUGUUGUUAGUUUCAAUAAGCAAAUAUCAAAGUUAAUAAUUUAGAUAAACCUUGUAAUAUAAUUUUAGUUCCAUAUUUUAUUGUUCUAUUAGACAUAAUAGCCAGCAAUUAAGGUGUUUUUCAUCUUUGUGAAAUUCAUGGGCAAAUUAUGACUAUAACAUGGCACAGUUUUAAUGAAAACUUUGAGAUCAAUCUGUAAAUAUAUACUGUACAUGACUGCUAGUAAGUAUGAUACACAUUUUCAGAACUGAAAAUUCAUGCAACAUAUUUCUGUGUUUGCAUAAGGAAUGUUAUGUUUCGUAUUGCAGUUUAAUGACUGGGAAGAAAGACUCAAGCAAUGACAUCGUGACCAUUUCUUUUCUCAUUCCCAGGGGAGGAGGAGUCUUAGACAACAGCAUGUGGCUGAGUUCUUCAGAGAGUUUUCACAUUCUAACAAAAAGGACAUAAAAUCUGUAAGGUACAAAAGCACAAUGCAUAAAGAAAAUGAGUGGGGAACAAAUCCUAUUUAUUUCAGAUUAAUAUGCAUUAAAAUUAAAGCUCAAUUAAUUUUCACUAUAAUUAUGAGACUAUGUUCCCAUUCUAUACUAUAACACAGUACUAAGCAUAAGUUUGUAGAGGUUAAACAUUAUUCAACUGUAUGUACGUAUAGACAUAUACCUGCAUGUCUAUAUGGACAUAUGUUUACAUAUAUACCUAUACUGAGUAUAUAUGUGCACAUCCAUUCAUAUGUUGGCAUAUUAAAGGAAUAAGCUAAUAAUAGUUUUGUUUCUACCAUCAACCAGUGUAUUAAUAUAUUUUUGAGAAAAAAAAAAAAAGAUUAAUGUAUUUAAAAAAACAACUUACUAUACAGGGUAACUGGGCAUUUCUAUAUCAGCAGAUCAAUGCUUAUAAUUCGUAUGGAGCAUUGCACCGUUUGACAUGACAAUAGUACUGUACCUUCUAGCAUCUGAAAUUAGACUAGUCCUCACAUUGCUUGCCUAUUUCUUCUCUCUCUUUUUAUAACAGCAUAAUCCACUAGUAAGUUUUCAAAACCAACAAAUUCCUUAGGGAACUGAGGAAAAAAAAGGCAAAAAUAUGACCUAUUUCUAGAAAAUAAUCUAGGGUUGGGAUGGCCAGGGUACAAUACUAUAUCAGUAGUGAUCAUAACAUUUUGCUAUGUGUACAUAGAACAUACGGUGUGAGCAACCAUAACUUAAGCUGAACGUGUGUAAAUAUUAUCAGAUUUCUUAAACAUUUUUAACUUCUAAUUUGUACUUUAUGGUAAGGCAAAAAGCUAAUUCUACUUAUGGUUUAGGUUGAUGUGUCCUAAAAUUAUGUAAAUAAUUAAAUAAGCUGUAAAUGAGCAAUCGAUAGAUACAGUAAUUGUUUAGUGACUUUUUUUUUACUAAGUACAAUAAUUGCAGUGCUCUAGCAGAGUAAUUUAAACACCCUUUUGCAUAAACAGAUUUGGAUUCCAGAUAUGAAAAGGUACAGAAAGUACUGUAGUGUAAAAUAGCCAUUGCGGCAGUGUUACUGCUAGCACAAUUGAUUCUUUUGUAUGGUUGACCUGUUCAGGCACCAGAAGGUAUUAGGUUGGCACUCGGUACUCUGAGUAGCAUUGACAAAUAAGGCCUGGUUCUCACAAUAAGGCACCUUUAUGUUGCUCCAGUGAGUGGAGAAGUAAAGGCAUCCAGGGUAAGUGAGAAUUCAGCUGUCGACAAUUUCAUUACAGAAAGCCUGCACAUGGCGUCUCUCUGUUUCUGAAAUCUGUAUCUCUUAUGGUAUCUAGUAUUAGACUUAUAUUUUUCUUUAAAAAAAAAUACAAAAAACAAACAACAAACAAGGAUGCUUGACUGUCGUUAGAUAGCGUAGUUCCCCCAAAGCCAAAGAAUCUUCACUCCAGAAAUUGUUUAAAAGGGAAAUCUAAUAAGUCACUGCUUAACACCAAAGGUAAAGCUUAAUGAAAUGCACUAGGAACUUUGUCUAAAUCUUUAAGAAGCAAAUGGAAUGUUGAUCAAAAAUACUGCCCUAUUCUACUUUGUAAAAAUAGUAAUAAAUAUCCAUUAAUAUAAAAUUGAAAUAUAUCAUCUCUACAAGAAUAUGCAACACUAACAUUUCAUAAGUAUAAAAUUAUUUCUUCGUAAGUGCUUUGACAAAAAAUGAGACUUAAAAGAUGAAAAAUCUCACCUCUACUUUCAUACUGAGGGUUGUAUUUUUUUAAUGUUUUUCAGACAUGAAAUCAUCUGUUCCAAUUUGAUAGCAUUUUGUAUGUUUUCACUGUUACUGUCAUUUGACAGAUAAGUCACCAGGCUGUAUUGUUCGUGGUCUGUCCUGUUACUUUCAGUUGAAGACAAAAAGAACAUUUGAAACAUGAUUAAUUCUUACAAGCUGACUAUAAUUUGACUUCUAUCACGUUUUUAUUUGCAUGGGUGUUUAAAUGGUUCUGUUAGUACUGUCUUUGCACAGUUCUGAUUUAUUUUUUUUUUACUUAGUACUAUUUACUUCAUAAUGUAGUAAUCAUCAGCCUUACUAAUGACCUUGUAGCCUUUCUUAUAUGCACAUAAUGCACAUUUUCCAAUGGCUAGAAAAUGCGAAAUACUAGUGGAUAUCAUUGCAUCAGAUCUUCAUGUCUUUCUCAAAAGGACUGCUAACCUCUGGGAUAUAUGAGGUAGUAAAAUGAUGAUUGUAAAUGAGUAGCACAUAAGAGAUAUUUUCUUGAAUUUAAAAUUAUUGCAGCCAGUUUCAGCAUGUAAAUAUAUAAUAAUGUUGGCUAGUGUGUAAUUCUUGAACUAAAAAAAAUAUAAAUAAAGAAAAUGUAAAAGA